GGGGAUAGGGGGAGGGGCGGGGGGUGUGGGGGCGCGGGAAACUUGGGUCGCGCGCUGUAGGCGGUGAAUCGUCGCUCCGCUAGCACCAUGGCGUCGGAAGUCUAUGAGGUGGAGAAGAUAAUAGACAAGCGGAAGACACGCAAGGGUCGUAUAGAAUAUCUGGUCCGGUGGAGAGGAUUUAACAGCGAUGGGGACACUUGGGAGCCCGAGCACCACCUUACAACCUGCACGGAAUACAUCAAAGAGUUUGACGAGUGUCGGAGGUUCAGCUUUAACAAAGCCCAAGAAGCGGCGAAUGAGCUAAUUUCGCGGUCGCCACUUCAACCGCAGCUGCAACGUACAAGCCUUCCAGACAUCAUCACAGAAAAGGAGAGUCUGGCUUCCUCGCAAGCACGGAAAUCGUCGUUUUCCUUCAUUGGGAGAAGUCCAAUGGACCUUUCCCAGACGGGAAUCAAAGUUCUUGUACCAAAGUUGGAGUCGAGAGGCAGUAACUUGAUCACGAGUUUGCAUGGCACCGUUAGUGCCACCAGUGAAUUCAAAUUCAAGGACGAAUUGAGCAACGCAGCUCAGGCCCCGGGAGAAGAGCGGCUGCGUGGAGAGAAGAUCAUUCUGACUCCCAAUGGAGGCAGUCCUACAGAGAGGGCCAGGAUGGGCUCAAGGGCCAUGAGGCCACCGGGGCGGAUCACAGUUCAGCUUAUGGCGAAACAGAUUUGCCGCUUCGACAAAGCUUCUGCGCUGAUGGGGGACAGUAAAGACGAGCACUUGGGCCAGGACAGCGAAUCACAGGCGUCAAUAUUGAAGCCACAAGUCAGUCUACCUCUGGUGUUCCCGGCUCCUGGCCAACCCAGCCCAUCCCUCUCCAAUGCCGUACCUCAGGGGAUCCCGCCGCCAUACGGGAGCGGCGCCCACGUCGGCUCCACGGCCGUCGGCGGCGCCCCCACCGUGGGCAGCGGCGUCGGAGGAAGCGCCGGGAAUGGAAAGCGGACUGUGGGGGACGAGCCCCAGGGAUUACCGCUCGACAAGCGGCAGCGCUGCAGCGUGCGGCAGAGUGAGUCGACGUGCCGCUACCGCAACAUCGUGGUGCGCAAGCUGGAUGGGUACACGCAAAUUCAGCUCUCGACCAAGAAUGCUGGCAACAGCCUCAGUGUGGAGGUGAUGAAGGAGAUCCAGAAGGCGAUGGGUAACGCCGCGUGCGACGAGAACCGCCUGCUGCUGCUGGGCGCCGUGGGAAACGUGUUCUGUAGCGGACUGGACUUUCUGCCUUUUGUCAAUGGACUCGCUGACAACCCUGAGGAGGGGAGCUCUCGCAUGGUGGAUGCCAUUAGGGAGUUUGUGAAUGUGUUCAUUCAUUUCCAGAAGCCGAUCGUAGCGGCAAUCAGCGGCCCCGCGGUGGGGCUAGGCGCCGCCUUGCUGGCGCUGUGUGAUCUGGUUUGGGCCAGCGACAAGGCCUGGUUCCAGACGCCGUACGCGGCGACCGGACAGACCCCCGACGGCUGCUCGUCCUUCACUUUCCCUCGAGCCAUGGGCACGCUAGCCGCCAAUGAGGUGCUCUUCUGCGGCAGAAAGCUGACGGCGUUACAAGCGUGCGAGAUGGGUCUGGUGUCGCAGGUGUUGUGGUCCAGCACCUUCUCCCAGCAAGUCCUGGAGCGGGUCAAGGAGCUCGCCUCUUGCCAAUUGACAGUGUUGGAGGAGACGAAGAAGCUGCUGCGGUGCGGACUGACGGCCGAGCUAGAGGCGGCCAACCAGCGCGAGUGUGCGGCGCUGCAGAGGAUCUGGAGCUCGGUGGAGGGGAUGGACUCUCUUCUCAAGUACAUAGAGAAGCGCAAGAUGGAAGAUUUGUGACCGGCGCAAUUUCUGUGUCUUUGCCGUUUUGGCUGCCCGUCGCCGCUCAAAAUGAAGGAGUGCAGCAGGAGGUCUGCUGCACAAGCGGGUUGGUGUGGCUGAAAUCGGCACGAGCGGACCAGGAACCCCCCCCCCCCCCCCCCCCCCCCCCGUAUCCAUCCCUGCACUGCGUUACUUCUGAACUUUCGACAGUCGUACUCUCGGUUUGUUUUCGUUACUGAAUUCUUUACAAACUAAAGCAAGCGAAUGAAAAAAAUGUAUAAAGAAAAGGCAGCAAUUUUUUCGUAGUGUGCGUUCGACUGAUUGUAGAUAGGGCGCUGCCUUUCUCGGCGCCGGAUGGAGAGGUUAAACUACCACGCACACCCCCCCCUCCCCCACCUGGAAGCACCCACCGUGGGGUUAGCACACGGGCGCUCAACUGCACACAGGCAUUCAACUGGACACAAGUGUCUGUUGGAAUGUGAAGAAAAGCUUUUGAUGCAUCUGGCAUUGCUGCCACUGAAAGCAAGUUCGUAGGUUGUUCGUGGAUCGUCUUGGCCUGCCAUUUGGGUUUUGCACCUCGCGACGCCUUCUUCGUUUUUGCUGUUGCGUCUCCGAUGAUUUCGCCGUUGUAAGAAGUCAAAACGACGACAGCCACGUUGCCGCCUUGUUCGUUGAAGUGCCUCUACAUGUUUGAGGACGCAGUUUUCGUUUAUUUAAUACUCGGAUUUCACGUUGCAUGUUUGAACCAUGUAAAUAUGUAGUAGUUUUACAUUUUAAAAGUUUCAACCUACUGUAUUAUUCGUACAUUAUUUUAUUUGGCCCUCCAUGUGCUACCGUUUUGUGGUCCCCAGUUUCUAUGACCUCCAAACUAAGCGUAAUAUUAUCCUGCAGAUCUUUCACGGGCAUCUUUAUGUCUGUAAGUGUGGCCUUACACCAGUGCAGCGUCAUUGGCCUCAUGACUUGUAGGUACGCCGUUCUGCAUGCCAUGCAGUGUUAGCAGUCAGAAUGUGAGACAAAGAACCAUUGUGACCCAACGUCGAAUAUAACCAUGGGAGUCCAAGUAAGUCUAUUAUUUGAUGAGGUACAACGUAUUUCUUGCCCCACCUGUAAUAAAUUCUAACGUUCGGACCAACCAAACUAGCUAGCUAAACCAGAGCCACAGCCACCAGGACACCAAUCUACACCCUGACUCGUCCACAUCUUUGGCGUGAGAGAACUAAUUUUAUGAAAAUGUAGAUUUUUGUUUCAUUUUGUAUUUUAUUCUGUUGCAUUUGUUAAUGUAUAGUUGUAUGUGAAAUUAUACUGCAUUGUAGUCAGUAUUGUCUAAUUUGUUUUGUGUAUUGUAUAACGCGCAUCAUCAACAACACCAAGAGCAGGCCUAGAGUUCUCUCCAUCCACCAAAAACGACACGCUCAGCCAACCGCACGUGGUUGAGUGACAUCUCAGACUGCAAGGCAGUUUACGUGUCGUCUUGCCAAUGACAACCACCUACCCGUCAGCCAUGAUCUCGGUGUGCCUAGCUGCUGACUCAAAUCCGAAUCCCCCUACUCGGAUCGUGCUGUCACCGUCCUAGAGUUUCACCCAGAUCCGGAAGAACGUUGGCGAACGGAGUGGAGCAACGCAGUCGUCCAGGGUAAACUCCUCAUUCGAGAGUCAAACAUGGCACUUGCUGGCUCUGACAAUACCUCAAACACUGCUGCACCAUCGACCUCAUCAGAACAUCUCCAGGCCGAUGCACACAUCGCCAUUAAUGCAAAAUUAAAGACAAGCCACAGGAAUGGGAUUGUGGCCAUGCUACCCAAACUAUGGGCCAUCAAGUAAACCACUGGACCGCAUUCUUUCAAAGGAGGAAUAGAAAAACUACACACACUCUCCUGAUGGUGCCCGCUUGUUAUGGUUGGCAUACCUCAACAUUGGCAUUUAGCUGCUGUCCAUGUUGCCAUCUUAUGCAAGAAUGCAAUAGAAUGCGCUCUUGUCCACUUUUGUUCCAUUUCCUUUUUCACGAAAGGGAGUCCCUACGAUGGUAGUCCUGGUAAGGCAUUAUUCCUUCCUGGUCUAGGAACGCUACCAAAUGGCCUGGUCCCGGUGGUUUCAAAUCGCCCUGCCCGGUGGUCGCAAUAUUUUGUAAAAAUAUAAUUAAAAAUCAAAACACAUUCGUCAACAAAGACAGUCACUGCAUCGUGCACUUUCAGAUGUGCUACGGCCGUCUGGAAUGCUCUUUCAGUGUAAGGAAGACAUGAGCUAUGCACCUUUAAAUCUAUAUUGAAAAGUAAUUUCUUGGAACUGCAUUUUUUUGUAUUUAGUUUGGUGUCCUUCCCUUGCAUCUCCCAUUAGCGUGGUUGGCUAUGCACAGUGUGGAAUAAGUUCAACAUACAAAAGUGUUAUCGGCAAAUGUGUAUUGUCGAGGUGUCUGUGUGCUUUGUGCACCGCUGCCAACGUAGUAAUACCAAGUCACUUGUUUGGUUUUGCGAACCUGUGGAUUUUAUCCCGGUUCUAAACAGUUUGACUUCUUGUACGACUCGUGGUAUGAGAAACGGGCAAGGCUCGACUACCCGAUUCACGGGUGCGGUUGGCGAAGGGCGGGGGUAUGCGGAACCAACGUCAGAAAGAGCUUGAGCACAAGUGACUUUAAAAAAGUGGACCGGUCUGGCGGUGGGUGGUGGAGGCUUUGCUCAUCGUCGUUGUGUCCCGGGUGACGUGGCAGCUCUACUCCAGUAACCGGAGGCCGUUUAACGCUGCCCCGAGUAUCACGUGUCUGUGACCUCGGUCACGGGGCCGUGGUGACGAGGGCGUGAGCGACAGAGGCACGAAGAGUGAGUGGCAGCCCUCAGGAGUGUGGAAGGGACUGGUGGGAACGUCGAAAGAAAUUCGUGGAAGUGCACGCCCGAAUGUUUGGAUGCUGGUCGCUGGGCCAGCGUAGAGAUUCGAUGAAGUCUCAAACUAUGUUAACAAUGGAAAUGUAAUAUAUCAUGGUGUUCACUGGCACAUUGCAAAUGCGAGGUACAGUCGUGGAGGAUUUGUAAAGCUAACCUCGGUUGUUGAUACACGAAGCAAAUGAUGCUUCCAUGCUCUUUGGGUCUUUCGGUAAAGUCACGCAAAUAGAAAAAUAAAAAAUGUAAUCGCGGCCUU